UUACCUAAUAUGGUCACGCACGGGGUUGAUUGACGGCCCUGGGUUCCCUUGGCUCGCUCCGAACUGUAGAUGGUACUUAGCCUGCUGAGCGGAGCAGCCAAAAAAAUGCAACUUGGAAUUUUAAAGAGCAAAGAUUGCAAUCGGGUGCAUUCGGCAAUGCGGAAAUAGAUGGACGUUUCAUGCCACUGAGCUUGCAUCCACAGUCUUGGGCCGCGAUAAGAAGCGCUCAGACCAGUAAAACGGGAUUGCAGGAUUUAGCGGAGCGCAAUUCAAUUCCACGCUGUAUGUUUUGGUAUAUGUAUGUUUUGCUAUAUGUUUGCUUUGGAGAACAGCGGAUACCGCGUUUUGGAAUCGCAAGGAUUUAUUUAAUGUUUUGUUUUUUUCGUUGUUUGUUUUUUUUUAAUCUUGAAUAAGUGGGUUAUCAUUUUUGGAGAUCAAAAGAUUGCUUUGUGACUGUCAAGCGUCAACAUGGACGUGUUAGCAAAUCACAGUAUUUUUCAAGAGCUGCAGCUGGUGCACGACACUGGCUACUUCUCCGCUUUGCCUUCCCUUGAAGAAAAUUGGCAGCAGACAUGCCUGGAGCUGGAGCGCUACCUGCAGACGGAGCCCAAGAAGUUCACAGACCCCUUCGAUGAAGACGAGGACUGCCUCUUGACGCCUUCCUUCAUGAAGGUUGAAGUGGAGGACCCCCAGGACCCCUUACUGCUCUCAGGGCAGCCUAACCCCACGGGACUCCUCAUCUCCCAGGACAGGGUCCUGCUGAAGGCCCCCCUGAGUGUCCAGACAGCAGACUCCAUGACCAAAGAGGCAUGCGCCGGCAUGGGGGGAGGCGUGAACGCAGCCCAGCUCAGCGCCGUCACCUCCCUCACUCCACCCUCCUCCCCCGAGCUCGGCAGACACCUCAUCAAACCCCCGCAGACGCUCACGGCCGCCGCCGACGGCACGCUCACACUCAAGCUGGUGGCGAAGAAGAUCGGCACAGGGGCUGCCAAGGUGGUCGCUGCGGCGACUCUGCCCUCCCCGACGAAGGGGGCGCAGAGUGAUGGAGAGCAGGGGGCCGUUGGCAGCAGAACAGCUGAAACUACCCCCGAAAACAAGAAGCGGGUCCAUCGCUGCCAGUUCAACGGCUGCCGCAAGGUUUACACAAAGAGCUCCCACCUGAAAGCACAUCAGAGGACACACACGGGGGAGAAGCCUUACAAGUGUUCGUGGGAGGGCUGCGAGUGGCGCUUUGCACGGAGCGACGAGUUGACGAGGCACUACAGGAAGCACACUGGAGCCAAACCGUUCAAAUGUAACCAUUGCGACAGGUGUUUCUCCCGGUCCGACCAUCUGGCUCUUCACAUGAAGAGACAUAUCUGAGGAAGAACUCUCUAUCUAUCUAUCUAUCUAUCUAUCCUUAUAUAUAUAUAUAUAUAUAUAUAUAUAUAUAUAUAUAUAUAUAUAUAUAUAUAUAUAUAUAUAUAUAUAUAUAUAUAUAUAUAUAUAUAUAUAUAAUGUAUGAGAGAGAGAGGAAGCUGCAGUUCUGCACAAUCGGAAGGAGCCCCAAACACAUCUUGAAGAGCACAGAAUACACUCUGCUUGUCCUGUCUUGAGGAAGAAGGGUAAUAGAAGAAAGAAAGAGAGCUGGGAAAAAAGAGCAUACAAACCUUACUUGACUGGCCAUGCCUUACCCAGCCUGGUGCUGGAGUCAGACACUGCCAAACGAUUGCUGAAACAAUCACGCCUCGUUUAUUUGGCGGUGUUCCUGUUGCUAUGGAAUCCCAAGAGGAUUGCAUUGAUUAUCCGCCAUUGCAUACGACCUUCAUUAAAUUGUUCCCAGUGUUUGUUUUUUUAACUUGGAGAUGAAAUGUGGAAAAACUAAAGCCAAAACUGAGAAAACAAAUCAAACAAAAACUGGUGGACAAACCUGAUCCCCUAACGCUUCAGGGAAUCUCUUAAAAUUCGGAAGUGUUCUUCUUGUAACGGCCCAUCCCCCUCUGCUCGCUCCGAUCCGGAGAUGUCAUUCCUUUCCACGCCAGCGACCAUAAAGGCACCUGACUGGGCAGCAACACUUUGUUGCCUCUUCUUUGGAUCUGAAAUGUCUUAACUCACAAAAAUGGUUGCUUCAUUUGUGUGUGUGCGUGCGUGUGUGUGUGUGUGUGUGUACAUCUACAGACAGCAUGCUACAGAAUGCACUAGCACUGACUUAAACGUAGGAAAAAAAAGGAAUUAAAAGGCUUUAUGAUGGUCUUAAAAGGAGGGGGGAAAAGCCUGGUUUCCUUAAAACAAUUUCAAAUGUAUACCAGAGCGUACCUCUCGCGACUUUACCUUCUGGAUUAGGCCUCAUUCUUGAAAACUUGAAACGCUUGUUUGCAAACUUGAGAGCUCUGCGUCCUUCUUGGAACUGCACUCUGUCUUAGGAGGCCGUCUGCCCACAAUAAACAGCCUUUCAACAUUCUACAUGGCUAAACUUUGCAACAACCAAGCCCAGGAGCACAGGAUGCAUUGGGCCACACAAAUUUUGCCCAUCUCUUACCUGUCGGCUGCACUGACUUUUUAAAUGUUAGCUGUGCUUUUUUUUCUCUAUUAAAAAAGCAACAAAAAAAGAGACAAAAAAAAAAAUUGUUUUCUUUCCUGACAGGUUUCCUUUAAAGGAAAAAAAAAAAAAAAAAAAGUACCCCAUUUGAUCGCUGCAUGGCAGAGCCACACAUUACAGAAUGAUCGGUUCUGGAGUGAAACUUGUCACUGUACACACUUAGUAGAAAUGGUUUAAAUCAUAUUCAAAUGUCUCUCUGGUCUCAUAUUCUGCAGCCAACACUCCUGUGCAUGCUCAGCAGAACCAACACUCCUGGGCAUGCUCAGCAAAACCAAUACAUGCUCAGAAAAAAGCAAUGUCGGGAGCUAAUGUGCUAUGUCCUGUAUGUGGCCAGUUUGUAUUACCAAAAAAGAGCAUGAAGUCCAUUUUUUGCUAUUGUUUUAUGCUUCCUGUUGUGUAAAAAUGUCAUCCAAGGCUAUUUUAAACACUUUAUUAUAGAUCAAAUUCCUCACUACUUCCAUGCACAGCCAGCUACAGUUCUGGGCUCCCCCAGGUUCAUUCUCAUCAGUGCUGAUUGACCCAGUUAGAACAUCGUGGUGCAGGCGAGGUGCACAGACUGGCAGUCAGAACAUCGUGGUGCAGGCGAGGUGCACAGACUGGCAGUCAGAACAUCGCGGUGCAGGCGAGGUGCACUGACUGGCAGCCAGAACAUCGUGGUGCAGGCGAGGUGCACUGACUGGCAGCCAGAAUAUCGUGGUGCAGGCGAGGUGCACUGACUGGCAGUCAGAACAUCGUGGUGCAGGCGAGGUGCACUGACUGGCAGUCAGAACAUCGUGGUGCAGGCGAGGUGCACUGACUGGCAGCCAGAACAUCGUGGUGCAGGCGAGGUGCACAGACUGGCAGCCAGAAUAUCGUGGUGCAGGCGAGGUGCACUGACUGGCAGCCAGAAUAUCGUGGUGCAGGCGAGGUGCACUGACUGGCAGCCAGAACAUCGUGGUGCAGGCGAGGUGCACUGACUGGCAGUCAGAACAUAGUGGUGCAGGCGAGGUGCACAGACUGGAGCACUGAACGAUGAAAUCACAUGGGUCAGGUCUGUCCCAUCUGUUCCAUCUCUCAUUUAGAAAUAACAAAACAAACUCUUUACUUUAACUCGUAUUUCUAAAAUAUAUGAACUCCACUCGCCAACAAAGUGACCAAUAAAUCAAUCAAACAAAGGGAGCGCUUUUAUAAAUCCAGUCUGGAGUUUGUUAAAGGUUUUUUUUUUUUUUUUAAUGGAACAUUUAAAUGGGACACCUAUUUAUGAGUAAAUGUUACAAGUUAUUAUUGUUGUUAAUAUUAUUAUUAUCAUUAUUAUUAUUAUUAUUAUUAUCAUUAUUAUAGCAAUAUUAAUAAUACAAGAUUAACAACAACAAUGAUAAAGUGCAUGUUUUGUAAAAUUAACCAAAUGUAUAAAAAGGGUUGAUUGAUUUUGAAAUCAAUCCUCGUUUAUUUGUUAAUUUUUUUGGAGGGGGGUGGGGGAGGCGCUGUUUAUAUAUAUAUAAAAAAUAAGCUAUAAUGCAAUUAAUAAAAUCUAUGAACCUGUAUGAGUUUGACACCUAUCAUUUUCCCAAACGGAGUUUGUUUUCCCAGUUCCAAAGCACAGCUACAGUCCGUACAUGGUGACGGUCUGUGUUGUGAAAGCGCAUGGUUAUACUUUCCAAAGAUUUUGCACUGUGCCCCCGUUAACGCAGGAAACUCCCGCUUUUCCUUUGCGUCGCCCCUUUUAAACAUUGAGCCGGCUCCCUGUAAAAAAUAAUAAUAGCGUUUGGUCUCUGGGUGCAUAAAUAUGGAAGAUCAUUGGAUCAUCUACUAGGAGACGGUUAAUAUGGAAGAUCAUUGGAUCAUCUACUAGGAGACGGUUAAUAUGGAAGAUCAUUGGAUCAUCUACUAGGAGACGGUUAAUAUGGAAGAUCAUUGGAUCAUCCACCAGGAGAGGGUUAAUAUGGAAGAUCAUUGGAUCAUCUACCAGGAGACAGUUAAUAUGGAAGAUCAUUGGAUCAUCUACCAGGAGAGGGUUGUAUGCAUUAGCCAGACCAGAGUUUUUAAGGUAAUUUAGUAAGGCUUAUUCACAAAACAAAUGUACAAAGUUAUGUGGAGUGGCUAUAGUUUAAAGUAGCUGUUGCCUAUAGCCAUGCAGAUCACGCAUAAUUGCAAAUGGCAUCCGCAGGCUUCAACAUCUGAUCCCUACCAGUUGUGAUGAAUGAAAGUGUUCCCCUUCCAAGCCUUAGCCUCUGUAUAACAAUGUCACUCCAUUGAUAAGAGCACGCUGUCUGUAUACUGCUCCCCUAGUCAGUCUGCUGGAACCUGUCUGUCACGUGUCCACAUAGCUGUUCAUGUUUGGAUUGUUAAAGAUGCAGUACCCUGUCUGACCAGCAGGGACUGAGUAGCCCCCUCCCCUCAGGAAUCCGCCAGUACGCCUCCUUGCUUCAGUGCACCUCUGUUUCCAGCGUUGGAAACUGCUUUUAAACCGCUAGAGCUAAUGCAAACCCUUAGUAAUCUGCACCACAGGAGGUGCCAUACCUGCAGGAUCGCUUUAAUGACAUUGAAAUGUCUGUUUGGGUUUGGACAGGGAAAUCAUCCAAAACAUUUCUGGAAAAUGAGAAUCUGUUUCUGUAACGGCUGGCUAGGGAAAAACUGCAUCUUUAUAUAUAUAUGUGUGUGUGUGUGUAUUCUGUCAAGAGCUCCCCUUCCCUCCACCUUGCUCUACUCCAGUAUAUAAGACCCUGCCUCCUCGAUUCCGAGUAGUGGGUUUUAUCCGCAGUGCCACGGGGGCUGUAUUCUUUCCACUGUCCUGCCGGGGUGAGUGAGCUGCAAGCUGAGUCAUGGGUGAGGGAGGUGUACCAUUGCUAUACAUUUCUACAGGCCUAUUUGCUCUGUUUUUAUUUUACUUGUUUAAUUUGCAAGGGAUGGGUUUUGACGUAGCUCACUGCCCGUGGUGGUGGCUCAGUCAGGCGCCUGCCUGCAUGUUUUGAACGUUGAUGCUGAUGCUUUGUUUUUUUUUAUUAUUAAACCGGGAUUGUUUAUGGUUUUCCAUUACCUCUCGUGGUCUGAGGACCAGCCACUGUGUGGCUUUAGGGUUCCCGAUUGUGGGAAAUUGUUGUAAAAAAAAAAUAAAUAAAUUAAAUGGCCAAGGUGAGAAAUACUGUCACUGUACAUUGCAUCUGCUCCCUCCCAUAGUCUUGACAUGCAAAGAUGUCUCACAGAUACACAGCAUGUCUCUUUUACACUGUCCGCUCUAUCAGUGUGGAGCUGUGCUUGCCCAGCCUGUUAUCCUCGAUUCAAUCACUGGGAGUGCAAUGUUCACACACACAAACGGCCCCCACGUGCAAACACCUUAUUUUCCUCCAGUGUAAAAUUUGCACCGUUUUUUAUGAACACUGUCUGGGGAUGUUAAUUUAAGGGACCACCUUGUUGCUUGUAGUUCUGUAACAUCACAGGGGUGCUCUCUGUUCAUGCACAGUGCAGAUCAGCUUUGAUCUUCAGCUAGAAAUCACAAAGCUCUCUGAGAGGGCUGUUUUGCAGUUUGGGAAUGAGGGGCAUAUUUUCCCUUUGGCUUGGCACACAGAGGCUCCACAGCCCCUUUGACACCAGUGGCACUGUGCACUCCGAAUUCCUGCACUGUUUUCAACUGCACAACACCACUUCUUUUGCUAACCUGAAAAUAUUCACUUUAACUUGUUUUUAGUAUGAUUGAUUUAUUUAUUUUUGGUUAAAAAAGAUUCCCAGGACAGCCCCCCCACAGUUAAUUUCCUGUCUGGUUUUAAUGGCAAGGUUGCAUUGAGGCACACUAACCAGGUGUCCCAUUGCUUUCCAGUGUAUUAUAAUUGUAUAGGACCAUUGAGCCCCUAAAACUCCCCUAAACCCCAGAACCCCAUACUCCUGCUGUGUCAACCCCCUCAUUUAAAGUGAUUGGCUGUUUAAAGAGGUUCCCCUUUGGGAUUUCUCUUUGGGGUUCUUGAAACAGAUCAGCCUUUUCCAGCUUUUGGAUGUUUUGAUUCCAAGCGUUACCACGGUUCACAGAUUGAUUUUUCAAAGUGUGGAGAAAUACGAUGAGUCUCCAUUGCACCUUGGUUUUGUUUUUGACUUUGACAAACACUCCAGCCUGUCCUGUGUGCUUUAUUUGUUUCAUUUCCACCUCCCCUUUUUUUUUUUUUUUUUUUUUUUUGGCUGUACAAAGUGUUUUAAAAAAUAUUAUUAUUUGUAUUAUAUGAUGUUAGUAAGGUAAUGUUCUUUAUUAAGGAAGAAGAAAAUUUAUUUUUGUUACUGGUCUGUUUCAUAAUUCUUUUUUAAAUUGGUAUUGUAAGAUAUCUAUGCAAGAACUGUUCUGUGGAGCAUUUUUAUUUAAGAAUGUAAUAUGUGUAAUAAAUGGUAGAAUCUG